UUUUGUCAAACAUUCGUACCAACACGUAACAUCGCAAAUAUAAUUUAGAAACUUCCACGACCAUAGCAAAGUUGUUCCGCAUCUACUUUACACCGGUGUGAAUUGCUGUACAUAUAAUAUUUAUCUCAACAUACGAUGUCUAGAGUAGACGAAGUCGAAGAAGUAGAUCAAUCGGCGGACAGCGGCAUGGGUAGUAGCGACGCACAUUCUCCCGAGGUGAAAUCGCUUUUUCCCGAUGACGAGGAUGACGAAGAGGAUGAAAGCUUGGCAGAAAGAUUAUUGGGACUUACGGAAAUGUUUCCGGAAGAAGUACGUAAUUUGGGAUAUAACGUUGGUACUUGUUUAUGCAAUUGUAUGAAAGGUAUGUAUUUAUUAAUUCCAAGCAUUCGAUAUCAAGAUACAAACAAUAUAUCGUUCUUUUGUAGGGUUAUACGCAUUUUCAUGUUCAGCAGCAUGGUUAUUCUUCAGUUCAUCAGCCAUUUUAUUUGCACCUAUAUUGUUCGAAAUAGAACGAGUGCAAAUGGAGGAAGCACAACGCACUCAACAAAAACAGGUUUUAUUAGGUCCUAGUAAAGCCAUGUCAGGCGUAAGCGCUUCGAGUCUUCCAAUGGCUCCACCGGUUCAGCAAUAAUAGCAAUGAUACCGUCGAUGUUGCAUUCGAAUCACCAUCGUUCCGUUCACCGUUUAUAUUUAUAUUAGUAUAACAACUCCAAUUCUAAUAUCUCACAAACGCUCGUACAUCCAUAAGAUCAUCAUAUAUUAUUCAUCGUAAAAAAUUCAAAUCAAAUAGUACAGAAAAGAACGAAACGAAUCAUAAUAUUAUAUUAUACGUCAUAUAAUAUAUCGACGCUAUCGAUAUUCUCUUUCGCUUUCUAAAUUUUACGAGAGUAUAUAUAUAUUUUUUUUUUUUUUUUAUUAUUAUAAAAUUACGGGCAUUUUAUCACGUCACGAAACGUUAAACGUAGCAAUAUCUAGUUACGAAAUAUUAGUAAAAUUGUAACAUUCGAUUAUGUAUGUAACGCACCUUUACGAAUAAAAUAAUCAAAUCCUUUCAUAACAUUAGCAUCUAUCUAAGGUAUCAAAUGUUAUUGUAAUAUAAGACGUUGAAUAAAGUUAUUACAAAGGA